GCUAAUCGAAGCAAAAUAGAACUCGCCGAGGCAAAAUGGUGGAGGUUUGCCGUGCAACAUUUUAGAGUUAUUAUUUUUUGGUAUCUAAAACUUUCUGUUGACUUUAUUAUCGUAGUUAGUAGCGAUGGAGCUUGGUGUGGAAAUCAGUCAAAAAGUUAAAAAAACCAUUAAAAGGCAGUUGCAGACAUUAGGAAGUUAUGUAGAUGAUGAACUACCUGAGUACAUCAUGGUUAUGAUUGCAAAUAAACGAACCAGAGAGCAAAUGGUCGAAGAUCUUAACUUGUUUCUAAAUGAUGAAGCAGACAAGUUUGUGUCAUGGUUGUUUGUGAUCUUGGAUCGUAUUCAGAAGGCAAUGCAAUUGCCUGGUAUUGAUGCUAUUAUUGAAGAGGAGACGGUCAGUAAAAACGAUACAAAAAAGAAGUCAAAGAAGAAUAAAAACGAUGAAGUGGAUAAUGAAGAUAAAAGGCAAUUUAAAGAAAAGAAGAAAGAUGAUCCAGAGAGAGAAAAAGCACGGAAACAGCGAGAAGAAGAGCAGAAAAAACGUGACAAAGAAAGAGAGAGUGAAAUUUCUAGACGAAGAAAAGAGAGAGAAAAACGAGCUAGGGAAGAUGAAGGAAGAAAAAAUAAUGCAAGGAAGAACAUAGAUAGUGGCAAUAGAAAAAGCAGCAGUGGCGAGCAAAGAAAGUUAAGUCAUUCUGAAAAGGCUGAUAAAAACAAUGAUAAAGAAGUUGAUAUUAGGUUAGAAGCAGAGGAAGAAGCUAAAAGAAUUGAAAGAAGAAGUGAUCGAAAUCGAAAUCCUAUGGAUUUUGUCAAACAAAUAGCAAAGGAUAUUGAUAAAAAGCUAUUGUCUCCUGAGGAUGAGAAAAGUAAUACUAAAAUAGGUGAAGAAAAACAACCUGUAGAAAAACAACCUGUAGAAAAACAACCUGUAGAAAAACAACCUGUAGAAAAGAGUGAUUUGAAAGAUGUUGGGAAAAGUGCUGAUCCAGUAGAAUUUAACAACAGUUCACUAGAUGGUGGUACACUUGGGAAUAUAUCACUUCACGCAGUAACGCAGUAUGAUGAUGGAGAAAAUGAGAUAGAAAAAACUGAUAAAUCAAACGACAAAAGAAAGCGUUCUCACUCACAUGACAAACAACAUAGUCAUAAAUCAAAAAUAUCUAAAUCUAGGUCAAAAAGCCCACCAAAAACAAAAUCUAAAAGUCCUAAAAGGCGUGAUAGGUCCAGAUCUGGUGGUCGUAAAGGAUGGAGAAGUCGAGAGAGGUCGAGAUCUAAGAGUCCAAAAUCGUUGAGGAGAAGUUCAAGAUCGCGAAAUUCCAGGAGAUCUAGGUCGCGUAGCCCUAGAAUGCAUACGACUAGAAGCCACAGUGACAGUCAUCAUCAUUCAAAGCGCCAUUCUAGGUCCAGGUCACGUGAUAGAGCACGUCGCGGAAGUAACCGCUCAAAAUCCAGAUCCCAUUCUAAGGAGAAAGAUAGUUCAGAAAAGUACAGAAGUUCCACGAAGAGUGCUGAAAAAAGAAAAGUUCCUACUGUUGUAAACGAGGAAUCCAAAGUGGAAAAAGUGCAGCCGAUCCCAAGUCAAGUUAAAGUGGUUACAGAUUUUCAACGAAAGCCCAGCUUAUCACGUCAUCAGCAAGCAACAAGUGCACUGUUAAAGAAAGCAGUAACAGAAGCUGUGAAUGAGAAACCAGAAGAAAAUACUGAGAUUGGCGAUAGUAUUGAAUUUGACUAUACAGAAAAUAUUGAAGUGUUGCAUAAAGAGGAAUCUACAUAUAGCGACCUUAAGACAAAAUGUGCAGGUUCAGAUAGAAAGGUUAUACUUGAUGAUGUUGAUGAUGGUCUGGCGACCAUUACCGUGAACAUCAAAGCUAAAGACAAUCUAAGAGACCGUAGCUACAAAAAGAGUAGUCAUGAUCAAUCACGAAGUCAUGACAAAUCGCGAAGGUUGGACGCAUCUAAGCGUAAACAAAAGGGAGGGGUUAAAUCAAGCGAUGAUGAAGAUAUUGAAUUAAGGAAGGGUUUAUUGCAUGACAUGAGUAAACUAGAUGCUCGAUAUGCAAUAUUAAAAUCCCGUUUAGAUCAUGCAACAUCAACUAGAACUGGUGUGCAUGGUAACACAGCUGGCUCACAAGCAAGACGCAACAGAAACGAGCCUAAGAAGGAGAGAUAUUUGGGGAGUAUGGUGGCUGAUAUGGAAGAAGAGUCACGUUUGAGUAAACUGAGGAAAGAUAGGAAUAUGAGAUGGGAAGAGAGGAAGCGUAUGUUGCAAGUCAGACGACGUGCAGAUUUGGUACGAAGUAGAGAUCAUCGAGGGAAGUCAAGUGAUGAGGAAAGUGCCGGCCCGAAACAACGUGUUGGGACGUUAAAACAGGAAACAAAAAACAUUGGACGACACGAACAAAAACGGUCAUUGCGACUCUCGUCUGGUGGGGAUCUACGAAAUCUGUUGAGCAAAAGGCUGGGUGCGGUUUCUUCGAGUGAUGACGAAGAUACAAUCGCGCGUAAGCUAAGGGAGAAAAUCAAAGAGGAAAAACAUAAAAAAUUGUUCGGGUUACUAAAACCCAAUGAAAUGGAACUUCUUAAAAAAGAAAGGGAAGAUUUAAGGCAAAAAUUAAAAGAGAAACAUACUUCAAGAAAAAAGAAAGAUAUGGCUCCAGAUGAUGAUAAUUCUAAAGAAGAAGAAGAAGGAGGAGGAGGAGAAGGAGAAGAGGUAGAGGAAAAUGAAGAAGAUACAAAGAAGGAAACGUCGGAUGAAGAAGACGAAUGGGUGGAGGAUAACAAAAAAAGUGAAGACGAGGAAGAAGAAGAAGAAGAAGAAGAAAAAAAAGAAGAAGGUGUUGAGGAAGAAGGUCAUCGAGAUGAAGAAGAAAAUUACGAAGGAAGCGAAGAAAACGAAAGAAAUGUUAGAGCAAUAGAGGAAAUUGAACAAGAUGACGCUAUGGUAAGUGGUUGCGAAGAGAAUGUCGUUGAAGAUGAAAACGAUGAAGGAAACGAAAAUGAAGAAAUGGCAGUAGAGGAAGAAGCAGACGAAGAAGUAAAAGAGGAAGAGGACCAUGAAAAAGAAACAAUUCAUCAGACGGAAAAUGACAGUGUACAGGAUGAAGAAGCAGCAAGCAAUAAUGGUACCCCAAAAAACGAUGAGAAAACAACAGAAAUAUCUGUGGAUGAUAUACGAAAGAGCAUGCAUCAGGAAGAUGAAUCAUCGCCUGAUCGUGAAGCAGUUGUAGAAGAAGAAAAAGGAAGUAAAAAAGAAGAUGGCAAAAAAAUAAAAAGUGAGAAAAAAAGCAAACACAAGUCGUCAAAGAGAAGGCGAUUACGACAUGAGUUCAUUGUGACAUUGGAUGGAUUUGAAGGUGGUAAAGGCAUCACCAUAAAAGCUGGUACUCCGUCUAGAACUAGGGAAAGAUCUCCGAAGAAAAGACGCUCGAAAGAGGCGGUAACUGUCGUAAGUAAGCGUAAAAAGCGAGAGAAAAGCUCAAGUUUAACGCAAAGCGACGAGGAGUUCAAAGCCAUCAUUAAAAAAUCAGAGCAGGGAAACGCUGCAAAGAAACACAGCGACCAUAAGCAGCGUCACAAGCGAAGGGAAAGAAGUCAUUCCGGAACUCAUGACAACUCAUCAGACUCAAUUGACAGAGAGAUAUUAUUAGCUGAAGAAAAGUUAAAAACACAAAAACUACUACGAAAAUCUUUAGAACAGGUACAGAGUCUUGAUACUACAUCGUUGGAAGUGAAAAAACCAAAAACUGCUUUUAUAAACCCACGUUUCCAACAGAAAGCUCUCCCACCAACGUUAGCACAAACAACUUACGUACUCGCAUCACAACCAAGCCUAGUGAAAUGUGAAACAGAUUUAAGAACUUUAAUAUCUUCAACUGAAGUCAUAGCACCCACAGAGAAGGUGGAAUUUAUUACUUCACCCAAUACAAGUGUAGCAUUGGUAUCACCGUCUAAUGUUACAGAAGCCUCUCGAUCUAAACAACCAGCACCAGCCGUGAUGUCAUCAGAGCGAACGAAAACGCAAGAACGUUGUCUAUACUGGCCAGAGUGUACAAAUUCAAAAUGUCAAUUUGUCCAUCCAAACGUAAAUUGCAAAACCUUUCCAAAUUGUUCGUUUGGAGAACGUUGCCUAUACAUCCAUCCACAAUGCAAAUUUGGAGACAGGUGCACCAAAGCAGAUUGCGUUUUCAGUCAUUUGUUUGGAACCCAAUCUGCUCAACUAUGCAAAUUCGGUUCAAAAUGCACAAAAAUGGACUGUCCAUACAAGCACCCGAUUGCAAAACCUUGCCGGUUUGGAAGCAGCUGCGCCAAUCCAGAUUGUUUGUAUCUUCAUGAAAGGAGGUCAAAACCUGGCUCUAAGCUGAAAUGGGUAUCCGAAAAAUCUCAUAUCAGUGAACGAACUUUCGCGUUGGACGAGUCAGUUGUUUCCACAGCAACCGUUACCGUAACAACCAAGCAACCAUAAAUAUUAGAUGAUGAUGUUAAGAUUAUUCAUAUCAUAACAAGAUGACAAUUUAUAUAUAUUUUUAUUGAAGUAGAGAAACUUUUAAAUCCGUGUGAGAGGAGGCGAACCAGAUCUCUCAAUCUUGUAUAUUUUUUUGUAAAAAGAAAAAAGCUAUUGAUUA